ACCUUUCUCUCUUAUGCUCGCAGAUCCGAAAUCGUCGUCGCACUACCUCGAUUUUCUUAAUUUCAUCGAUAACCUCGCAACUCCGAUUUAUCUUGUGCCGCAAACUUAACUCCGCCAAUUCCACCUACUACCAAUCCAGUUCUAUCCAUUGCCGUAUUCCGCGUCCCGUAUUUCCUGCGAUAAUAGAAUCAAAGUGUUCACGACUUUGUAGUCAUCAUGGAGGACGAGGAUCACCUCAAGGAUGGCUUAGAGGGCCUUGCUGUCGACACGACACCCGCGUCGCGACAGACUACGGUCAAGAAAGAGAGCGAAAGCACCGCGUCAUCACCGAAUGCUAGCAAAGAAUCUAGGUCAGGAAGUAUGUCGCCUGAUGACCAAAAGGCGCGCAGUGAUAGUGCAUCUACUCCCGACGGUCAUCCACCAAAAAUUACUCGCAAAGCACCUCAAAAGAUGGCGCCUCGACCCGUUCAACUCUUUAACGAUUUACCCGAUGUCACCACAGAAUCUUUUCGUCAUUUCCAGGUUAUCCCGGACUGUCUAUAUGGCUCUAAGGCUCUUGGAUCGACGGAUCACGACGCGCUGGAUUGCGAUUGCAGCGAAGAGUGGCGGGAUGGCAUGAACCAUGCCUGCGGUGAUGAUUCGGAUUGUAUUAAUCGAGCAACGAAGAUGGAGUGCGUAGAUGGCGAUUGCAAUUGCGGCGAUGGCUGUCAAAAUCAACGAUUUCAGCGCAAGCAAUAUGCUAAUGUUUCGGUCAUUCAAACCGAAAAGAAGGGAUUCGGCCUCCGAGCUAACACCACUCUUGAAGCUAAUGACUUCAUUUUUGAGUACAUCGGAGAGGUUAUUAACGAGCCAACCUUCCGAAGGAGGACUAUCCAAUAUGAUAAGGAAGGUAUUCGGCACUUCUACUUCAUGUCACUGACCAAGAAUGAAUUUGUAGACGCGACUAAGAAGGGUAAUCUUGGUCGUUUUUGCAAUCAUUCAUGUAACCCGAACUGCUACGUGGAUAAAUGGGUUGUUGGCAACAAACUUCGCAUGGGCAUUUUUGCCUCGAGAACAGUUCGACCUGGCGAGGAAUUGGUCUUCAAUUACAACGUCGACAGGUACGGAGCCGACCCCCAACCCUGCUACUGCAGGGAACCAAACUGCAUUGGAUUCAUCGGAGGUAAGACCCAAACAGAGCGGGCAACGAAACUGUCCGAUGCAACCAUCGAAGCUUUGGGUAUUGACGAUAGCGAUGGCUGGGAUAUUGCCGUCGCAAAGAAACCGCGCAAGAAGAAGGUUACGGAAGAUGAUGAGGAGUACGUUAAUAGCGUCCAAGCUCGUGGACUGGAUGAGAAAGAUGUCACUAUAGUAAUGGCGACUCUCAUGCAGUGCAAGGAGAAAUGGAUUGCGGUCAAAUUGCUAGAGCGUAUCCAGCAUAGCGAUGAUGACCGAGUACGCAACCGAGUUGUGCAGAUGCACGGCUAUCAAAUUCUGAAGACCGCCCUGAACACCUUCCUAGACGACAACAACGUCGUUCUCCAGAUUCUCCAGAUUCUGUAUCAAUUCCCUCGGUUAACUAGGAACAAGAUAUUCGAUUCUAAGAUCGAAUCGACUAUCCAGUCCCUAACAGAAUCAGAGCACGAAAAUGUAGCUUCCGAAGCUACAAGAUUGUUAGAUGAAUGGAGUAAGCUGGAGAUAGGGUAUCGAAUUCCCCGAAAGAAGAUGGACCCAAAUGCACAAUCAACGCCGAGUGCACAGCCUGUUAAUUCUUUUGAAGAACGCCGCGGAAAUCGUUCAGAAGAAACACCCGCCAAGAACACUUUCACUCUCCCGGAGAAUAUUCCCAAGGGUCCACGAAGCAAUGUCCCUCAACGAAACCAGAACUAUUUCAAUAGUCAACGCUUCCGCCGACCCCAGGUCCAGAAUCUUCCUCCUGGUUGGUUUGCAGCCACUGAUAAGCGGGGGAAUUUGUAUUACUACACCCGUAACGGCGUCACAACAUGGCAAAAGCCGACUGCACCACCCGAGUCGGCCCAGUCACAACUCAAAGGACCGUCUAUAGCAGAACAACGACAGAAGACAUUGCAAGACAUCAUUGACUCUGUGACGAAGCCGGACAGUGCCCCUCGGCGAUCAGCAUCUCAAACCCCGCAAACUAGCACACCUACUCAAGAGCCCAAGAAAGAAAAGUGGCGCUCUCUUCCAGUUGAGAAGCAGAUGAAGAUCUACGAGAACACGCUUUUCCCGCAUGUAAAGUAUGUCAUGGAUAAGUUCCGCCAUAGACUCCCUAGGGAGGACCUAAAGAAGUUUGCCAAAGAUGUCAAUAAGAAACUAGUUGCAUCGGACUAUAAGAACCACCGUGUGGAAGAUCCGACAUCGAUUACCGAGAAGCAGGAGAAAAAAGUCAAGAAAUAUGUCAAGGAUUUCUUUGACCGUGCAGUCGAGAAAUACAAGGCACAUGAGAAAAAGAAGGCGGAACGAGCUAGCCAUGCACACGGCGUAGCACAGCCAAGCGACAGCGCCGACUCUAUUAUAGCAGCAGCCGCCAAGGACGAAGAUCUCGUGAUGACAGACGACGAGACCGGUUCAACGCCUAACAGCCUUGAUAGGAAGCGAAAGCGUGAAGAUGACGUAGCAGGCUCUCCUAGUGUGACACCCUCCGAGACACCUUCCAUGAAGCGCCUCAAGGAGGAGGAGGCUGACGUUCCGAGUCCUCCGCCUCCGCCUCCCCCACCUAUUGACGGCGAAGCUUCGUUGGAUAUGGCGACUGAGCAUGUCAAGGAAAUUGGCGGACUUGAUGAUCCCUUACUUCACGAAGAUGAUGAGCAGCGCAUAGCUGCAGAAACGGAACGACAGAAGCUGCGAGAAGAAGAAGCAGCCCUUGAACGAGAGAACGAGCUUAACAUGCUCGAUUUCGAACGAGAACAAGAAGAGCAUGAUGCAAAUGGCAAGGUGGUGAAUGGGAUCCUCCAUGUGGGUGAAGGAAUUUCUCGAGCACAGGAGAAUUCGGGUAGUGGUUUGGAUUCGGCUGGAGAGGACAGUGCUGCGAUUCAGCAUAGCGCUAGGAAGCAUGAAGUUAUGAGCCACUAGGCAUGUACAGGCGUCGUGGGUUGCCCUAUUGCAUCGAAUUGCUAGGCCUUGUCCAGUAAACCCCACUCCCACUUGAGUUAGGCCUUACAACUAAAACACCCGAAGGGGGAAGCCCUCUUAUUUAAUACGACCAUAACAACCUUGGCGAUAAUCAUGAAGACGAUUCACAUCAUCGACUCUUCAUUGUCUACUAGAUCACAUUUUGCGUACCAACUUCUACUUAAUCCAUUUCCCGGGACGGUUUUUACGGUUUUCUCAUACUAUACAAAGGUCGCCGACUGUACUUUGAUUGCAUUUUCCCGGACAAGGGGGGGU